AUGGAUUGUAAAGAUGGAACUGCUUUAGUUCCGGCAGUUGCAGAAACAGAAAGCGUUGGUGUCAACACCUGCACGAAUAAUUCAGAGAUCAAAGAAACAAAUAACAGUAAUAGUAAUGAACGCUAUCAACAGAAAAGUCAAUUAUUCUGGGAUUCCACUGACGAUCAAAUCUUUUCGCAGGAUGGAAAAACAAUAAUGACUGUUGGUCAUGCUUCUGUAAAAUCAGUUGUUCCUCUCGAACUUUUACAACAUAUAUACUUGCCCGUGCAACCACAUGAUAGACUUUUUGAUCCUAAAACAAGGACCAUAUCUUAUCUCCACAGUAGAUCCUUUCUACCGGUUAAAUCAUUAGCACCGGGAGAGAAAAAAAGGAUAUUAGUGACAGGAGGGGCAGGAUUUGUGGGUUCUCACUUGGUUGAUAGAUUAAUGCUAAUGGGUCAUGAAGUAAUUGUGCUUGAUAAUUUUUUCACGGGCCGUAAAAAUAACGUUGCCCACUGGAUAGGUCACCCCAACUUUGAGCUCAUUCGCCACGAUGUAGUCGAUCCAUUUUUAAUCGAAGUUGACCAGAUUUAUCAUCUGGCGUGUCCUGCAUCACCGCCUCAUUACCAAUAUAAUCCCAUUAAGACUGUUAAAACGAGUGUAAUGGGAACAAUUAACAUGCUUGGCUUGGCCAAGCGCAUCAAGGCUCGUUUUCUAUUAACAUCCACGUCAGUCUAUGGCGAUCCUGAAGAACACCCUCAAGCAGAAACAUACUGGGGUCAUGUAAAUCCCAUUGGUCCGAGAGCAUGCUAUGACGAGGGGAAACGAGUAGCAGAAACAUUGACUUACGCUUACAUGCAUCAAGAUGAUGUGGACGUCAGGGUUGCUCGUAUCUUUAACACUUUUGGUCCUCGAAUGAAUGAGAAUGACGGUCGUGUAGUAAGCAAUUUUAUUAUGCAGGCAUUAAAGGGAGAGGAGCUCACCAUCUAUGGAGACGGCCAUCAGACUCGUUCUUUCCAAUACGUUCAUGACUUGGUAGAUGGAUUAAUCUUGCUAAUGAAUAAAGAUUACACGGAGCCAAUUAAUCUAGGAAAUCCUGACGAAUAUACUAUACGCGAAUUCGCUGAAUUGAUUCGUAGCGAAGUUAACAGUUCAAGUAAAAUCAAGACCUUGCCAGCACCAACGGAUGACCCCAGGAAGCGGCGACCUGAUAUUACGAAAGCCGAACAGAUUCUUGGGUGGAAGCCACGAUGGCCGGUCAAGCAAGGCAUAGGUGAAACCGUCAAUUAUUUUAAACGGCAGAUGGAGGCAGGGCUCAUAUGA